UAGUUGUAGUAAAACAACCUGAAUUACCUACCUCAGAAACAGAAUUUAUUGAUAUUUUUUUUAAAGAGAAUUUAGAACAGUUAAAUAAGUAUAAAUCAUUAUUUAAAGAUAUAUCUGAUGAUGAUGAAAAAGAAAAAACUUAUGCUGUAAUUUGCCAAAAGGAUAUUUGUGAAAG